GACUGCCGCUCACAAUUGAAUGUUUCUUCUGUUGUACUUGGCUGCUGCCGUGGCUGGUAUUCCUGCCGUUUCAGGAAGUUCUGAGGCGGUAGUCGAGGUUAUAACUGAAACGAUCGACGGUAGUGAUAGUUAUGAGUCUUCGAGUGUGAUUGGAGUGAUGACUCCGGUGGGAGCUGUCUCUAGUGCUGAAGGCGAUAUUGUGAAUCUAGAGAUGGCAAAAUUUUGUUCUGGAACUGCAACUAAGCCUCCUCUUCAUCGUCAUGGUUGGGUGGCUGCUAUUAUUCUGCCAUCGUCGGAGUCUCCUGCAUGUCUGCGCGCACCUUGCACUGAGAAAGAUGAUGGAAACGACAACGAUGAUGGAAAGAGUGCCAGUCGGUUGGGGAAAGUAUCGGAGAACCGAGAAGAAAGAGAAGUGUGCAACCUAGUAGCUGUGGCCAGUCGGGCAUUAUUGUGGGGUGCUGCAGCAGUGUUAUUUCUGAGUGAAGAAGUCGAAGUACCUGCAGAGCUUAAUGGAGAGCAGCAAGUUCAUCGUCCAGUUGUUCUUUUGCUUGCAAAUUACGCUAAGAAAGUCGCUGAACUGUUGUGGAGGAAGGCGAGGAAGUCACGUGUGCAGAUACAUCCGAAGACAUCAUCAUUAUGGGCAGGAGACAUUUCUCGUGUGACAUUAUGGACUCGAUGUGGACCUGUCAGAUAUCAUGGAACUGUUUGCCCAGGAAACUAUCGUCAUGAGAAGAUACCUUACAUGGCAAUGCUGAUGAAAACGGAGUCUGCGUUGCUGUUGAUUGGAGUCGUGUUCAUUGUAUUUCUUGUAAAGGUAGUUCGAAUAAGGCGGCAACACUUGGUGCAGCAAGAAGAGAGCCUUGAGGUUGCUUUAGCCAACAUGGCAAGACAAGCAGUCAACAGGAUGCCAACACAGAGAUACAAAACAUUGCAUGUGAUGAGGUUUACCACUUACUCUCGAUCUCAAUCUACCGCCUCCAAGAAACCAGAAAGCUCUUCUAGAGAUUCAUGUGCUAUCUGUCUUGACGAGUACUCUUUUCGUCAGGUGUUGCGCACUUUGCCGUGCAAGCACAGUUUUCACAGAAAUUGUGUCGAUGUGUGGCUGAUUUCUAAGCGAACGUGUCCUCUUUGCAAGUUUAAUAUAUUAGAUCCAGGAAAUAGCAGUGGUAGUGACGAGCAGUUGAAUGAACAGUAGUGACUGCCAUUUGUCUAUUAUGUUUCAUUAUAUAGACUCUAUAAAUCUAUAUAUGUACUUUAAUAGUUCUUGUAUAUUUAUUUUACCUUUUAAUAUUAUGAGAUAAUAACCCUUGUA